UGGAAGUCCAGCAACACCAGUACCGGGAGGCGCCAUUUUGUACGGCAUCCCCGCCGUUGACAACGUUGCGCCCUCACCUGGGAAACGGAGAACUCAAUCAAAUAUGGCGAAGCUGAGCGAGCAUGGAAUUCGGCUCAGUGCGAUGAGCCCUACCUACCUACAUACGAACUCGACCAGUCAUACCUGGCCUUUUAGCGCAAUCGCCGAACUGAUAGAUAAUGCCUGCGAUCCAGGAGUCUGUGCCAAACAAAUGUGGAUUGAUGUGACUAAGAUUAAAAAUGAGCUGUGUCUGACCUUCAUGGAUAAUGGAAAUGGAAUGACUCCAAUUAAACUACACAAAAUGCUAAGUUUUGGCUUCACGAACAAAACAGGAAAUAAAAACCACUUGCCAAUUGGUGUUUAUGGAAAUGGAUUUAAAUCCGGCUCAAUGAGGCUGGGAAAAGAUGCUCUUGUCUUCACCAAGAAUGGCGGAGCUUUAAGUGUAGGCCUCCUAUCGCAGACAUACCUGGAACAGAUUAACGCCCAAGCAGUCAUCGUACCCAUUGUGCCUUUCAACCAGCAGAAUAAUAUCCUCAUAGUUACUGAAGACUCAGUGCCAAGUCUGGAGGCCAUCUUGAAGUAUUCUAUCUUCAAUUCAGAGAAAGAAUUGCUUGCAGAAUUUGAUGCAAUCGUCAGUAAAAAAGGAACUCGGAUUAUUAUUUGGAAUAUCAGAAGAAACAAGGAUGGGAAACCAGAACUGGAUUUUGAAACGGACCCAUUAGACAUCCAAAUCCCAGAUAUCAACAGUGAAGAUGGUGUAGGAAAAAAGAAGACUUACAGACGACCAGAGAGGCAGGAUCAGCACAUUCCCGAAAGUGACUACUCACUAAGGGCAUAUUGUAGCAUUUUGUACCUGAAGCCUCGCAUCCAGAUCAUCCUGUGUAAGAAGAAAGUCAAAGCACAGCUUAUCACAAAGAGCCUGGCUCACAUUGAAUAUGACGUUUACAAACCUAAUUUUAAUAAUAAACGUGUUAAAAUAACUUUUGGUUUUAACUGUAAAAACAAAGAGCAGUAUGGAAUAAUGAUGUACAACAAAAAUCGACUUAUUAAAUCCUAUGAGAAGGUUGGAUGCCAGAUAAAGUCAACCAGCAGAGGAUGUGGAGUUGGUGUAAUUGGAAUUAUUGAGUGCAAUUUUCUCAAGCCAGCACAUAAUAAACAAGAUUUUGAAUACACUAAAGAAUACAGGUUGACAAUGCAAGCAUUGGGGCAGAAGCUGAAUGAUUACUGGAAGGAAAAGAAAACUAAGAAAAACCAGGAGGAAGCAGACAGUACAGACUUGGUAGAAGAACGAACUGUCCCCGAUCAAGCUUGGGUUCAAUGUGAGACAUGCAUGAAAUGGCGGAAGUUACCACCAGAAAUUGACCCAGAGUCACUACCAGAAAACUGGUACUGUAACAUGAAUCCUGACCCCAAGUUCAGGAGCUGCUCUAUUCCUGAGGAACCGGAGCAAAGUGAUGAUGAAAUGACACCCAGUUAUGAGAAAGCAUCUAAAAAACACGAUCAAUGUCUGGAGAGAAAGAGACAGAGAUCUUUGGAACAGGAGAAACUCAUGAUACAAUGUGGUCCAAUCCCCAGCAGUCACAGAACGUUAGCAACACUAGAGAGGUGUGCUGCCCCUUUCCUCCCGUUUGGAGUUUUCAGUCCAGUUUUCGCUCAAGAUGCUUUGCCACUUAAAAGUGCCUCAGUUAAAGGCUGUUAUUCGUCACAGCAGCAACAUUACCAGUUGGCAUCAACAACACAGAAAAAAGAUAAUUCUGAAGCAAGAGAAAGUGAUGAGGAGAGAGCGGAAGAGGAAGAAGUUGGCUGCAGAACAAGAUCAUGUUCCGCUAGUCUCAGCACAGCAUCAGGAUGUUCAGACAAUAUGAAUGAAGAACAUGUUGUAUCGUCAAGCCAAGGACUGAACAGUAACAAGCGAAAACAGAGUCCAAGAAAUAAAAGUUGGAAUAAAAAGCGCUUUAAAGGAAGAGCAGAAAUAUUAGCCAAUACAAGUCUUCUUGAUGCAGCCCAGUCAAUGGAAUAUGACACAGUGAAUUCUAUCAGGGAAAGUAAAAGCAACAGCAGCGAUGACGACCUCAUUAUCAUAGAUGAUGGAGCUAAUGAAGGAUCCAGAAGCAGUAUUACUCAUCACAGCCCCAAGCAGGAAAAAAUAGAAACAGUGGACUUCCUGAAUCUCAAUUGUGCCAAUAACGUAAUUGAAGAGAAUAGUUCAAACGAUACUGGCCCUAUUCAUCAUGCUACUGCAGAAAAGUUACUUAUUUCAGAAGGAACACAGACCAAUAAACUUGCUGUUAUAAAGAAAAUUGAAAUAGGCUCCAAUGAAACCAGGGAGCCCACGGACUCCCAUUCUAACCUGAGAUCUCAAGAAGAUGUUUUAACACGCAAAGCUAAUGAAAUUGAUCCAAGUACAAGAAAUAAUUAUACGGCAGCCACCGUUCACUUCCUGGAGAAACAAUUGGAUCAAGCAAGGAACUUGCUGGAUGAAAGAACCACAGAAAGAGAUUGUUUUAGAAAGGACAGCGAGGAACAGGCCAUCACAAUAGAGCAAAUAACAAAACAGCUGAUGGAGUACCAAGAAAAUGAAAGACAACAAGUCCAAGCUACACUGAGAGCAAGUCUAAUGGAAAAUAUAAAUAUUGUUGGACCUGAAGGCUGGAGCCUUGAGGAAAUUAAGGCAUAUUAUAAAAAAAUAGUGCAUGAACGUGAUGACUUGGCCCAGCAGUUAGAAGAUGCAGUAAAGAAGGUGGAAAACUGUUCAUCAGAAAAUAAACAGUUGAAAGAACAACUUGGAAAAGUAGAACAAGAAAGAGACCAAUUCAAAUUGGAGUAUGAAAAAAUGAAACAGGAUUUGAAAGCCAGCACAAACAGAGGGGAUGAUUUUUAUUGGACCAAAAAAUCUGCUGCUGCGUACAGAUACUCGGAGCUGGAGCUAAUGCGAUCAGAGGUUGAAAAAUUAAAGGGACAGAAGGUAGAACUGGAGGAGAAAUUGGAAGAGGCUCUGAGGUGUAAUGCAUUAUGCAAAGAAGCAUGGGAUCCUUCCACUAGCCAGGAAGUUGCCCAAGCCAACAGUGUACUGACAAAGCUGAAGUCAUUGCGGGUAAAAGUCGGACACCUCUUGGGUUCAGUUCUGCCGCAUUUGGACUUAAAGGACAUCAGUUACGAAACAGAUAUAAUCGAUGAAAUUCUAGAAAAGGUGAUAGAAGCCAAUAAACUCUGAGCCAAAUCUUUCAUCUUAUAACAUGCUUUGGAAAAGACAACCAACCUUUGUUCAUUGUAGCAACUCGUGUAUUUUAAAAAGAGCAUAUCUCCGAAUAAGAGAAUGAGAGUUAGUGAUGUACAGGAAGCAUUUGCACACCUCAUAACUUCUACUGCUGAAAGCACCAAAACUUGUUUUGAUAAGCAAGCAUCUGGUCAAAUGUGUACACUUGUAAUGAAAUUUAUUAGAUCUGCUGAAAAAUUACACAAACGGCUCCUCUCUUUCUUUUUAGCCUCUUUUUAUUUGUAAGUAUUCUAACACAAAGGCAGUAAUGUAUAUUUCUGAUUAGAUAAGCUUAAUCUAUUGAUAUUGGAAGUGUGAAACCAAGGAUACAGCACAGCCUUAAGCUAACUUAAUGCAUUAUACUUGCAGAAUCAAUUGUCUGAUGCAUUCAGAAUGUCACAAUGACAGAUUUUUAAAAUUAAUGAUGGAAUCAUUGGCAAUGUCAGCACUUAUUGCUCAUCCAUACAUACUCUUGAGAAGGUGGCGGUGAGACACCUUUUUAAACCAUUGUGUGAUGGUGCUCCAAGAAUGCUGUUAGAUAGUUCCAGGAUAUUGACCCUUAGGAAUUAAAAAUAUAUUUACAAGUAGUUAUAUCCCUAUGUAUCUGCUGCCCUUAUCAUUUUCCCUGGCAGAGAUCACAUAAUUAGAAGGUGCUGACGAUGAAGAAGUGACUAGGUGUCGCGGUAAAACUUACAGAUGGUACACUGCAGCCAUGUUGCACUAGUGAUGAAGGUAAUGAAUGUUGAAGACAGUUGAGGGACUUUCAGUCAAUCAGGUUGGUGUGGUUUGAGUGUUAUUGGAGUCACAUUCAUCCUGAAAAGUGGAAGGUAUUUGAUCACACCUGUAACAUGUUGAUGCUAGAUGGGCUUUGGGGAGUUAGAAAUUAGGCGAGUCAUUCACCACAGGUUUUCCAAUCUCUGAAAUCAUCUUGUAGCCUCAAUAUUUAUAAGCUGACCCAAGUAAGUUUCAGGAUGGUGAUCCCUUCUCCCAGGAUGUUGAUUAUGUGGGAUUCAGCGAUAGUGAAGCUGCUGGAUAUUUAGGGAGAUAUUUCUGUUCUCUCCAGUAGCUAGUCAUUGGCUGAGACUUGUGUGACAGUGUUACUUGCCAUUUAUCCUCCCAAGUCUGAAUGUUUUCUAAAACUAUUGAGAAUAACAAAUUAAGAAGGUAAGAAAGUACAAUUUUAGUUUUUCUGACCGUGCUGUAUUAUUUAAUCUCUAAUCAUCAGAGAAGAAAAUCGACAAAGACUUCUUUUAUCAAUCUUUUAGUAGCAAGUAGAUCAGGGGAAUACCUGAUUUGUGCUAUUGCAGUGGAGUUGUACAGACUUUACAAAUGUAUGUAAGUCUGUGUCAGAUUCUCCAAAGGGUUAGUGAAAGAGAAACAGAAUAGUAAGGUUCAAUCCUCCAAAUGUUGCCCACUUCUAUCUCUGACUGCGAUUUAUCCAUUUUGCCAAGACUAAUAACAUGAAAUUCAUCUUAACCGUGACAAAUAGGUCAAUAUCCUCUUUGUGGCUGAGACUUUUGACUUGAAUGAUGAAAAAUUUGGUGGUUGAACUACUUGGAAUUACCUGGUAGUACUUAAGACAUGUUAGUUGAUGCAAGUCAACUUUAUAAAGUGAGGAAAAAUAGAUUUGUAACGUUACUUGAACUCAAAAUAAUCAUUCAGGUUCCUGGCAAUGAUUAGUGAUCAAUAGUGAGAAUAAAUACCCUGGAGGUUUCUACCAUAUUCAUUGCAACUUUGACAGAGAACUGUCUAAGUAAGACAUUAAUUUCCAUUAUGUCAUUCAACCUGCCAAAAUCAAGCGUAACUUACCUCCUAGGGUGGUUUGGUCUCUUAUAUCAGCAUGUUCAAUUUUAUUUUGAUUAUUAUGAAACUAAAUUAAUUUCUGACCUGCAAAAAUAUGAUUGUCAACCUAAUGAACAUACUCAAAUGCUUUGGUUUUAAUGGGACAUGGUGUGUGACAUUGGCCCUGGAAUUCUAGUGAUGAAAGUGUGGCAGAGUAAAACCCUUUGCCAUCAAUGAAAUCAGUGAAAUACAAUAGACUCUUUCACAAAAUAUGGAUAUGGCAAUAUUAGUAUCCUCAAGAUCGGCUAUUAACCCUGUAAGGGCACAUAAGUGGCAACCAACUGAGAUCAGGAAAGAUAGAGUCAGGAUCCUAGAAUCAGUUCUUUGAUAUAUGUCCUUUAUUGCCUAAAAAAUGUCAUCUUUGCUAUUUAGCUCUAGCUAUCUGCUGAUUGAAACAAAACUGAAAUACAAAUUUGCAUUAUUUUUGGAAAAUUCAAAUGCAGUUACUUGGUAAUAACUGGUUCUGACUGUUAAAUUAUUCUACCUGAAAAGUCUAGUUUUGGAAAGCAUACGUUGUUGCUUAACCUUUGGGAUUUACAGUCUAAUAAAUAAGACUAAACGGACCGGAGGUUCUACUUUGACCACUUUGAAAGUUUUAAAUUAAUACAUUGAAGGUAGCUUUAGUCCAUUUCCUUAUGGGUUCAGGCUCACUUGCAAAGGUAUUCAUAGUUUGACUCAAAAAUGUCAUUUCUUUUUGAAGCAAUAAGGAUGGCUGCUCAGGGAAAUUGACACCUUUUACUGAUACAGUGGUUGUUAACCCUACAUUUGUAUGGCACCUAUUGAUUUCUAAUAGAGGUUGAAAUAUUCAGCAAUUAUAUAAGACCUUGCGGUAGAAAAUUACAAGGAGAGCUUUAAUCUGCAUACACACAUGCUAAAUUUAACCUGUUGUAAUUUAAUGACAACACCAGACAUAAAAACAGGCUUUCACAGCAUUAUUGAUAUAUCAUCUCUCACCAAACUGUUGUAAAAGCUAUCCCUUAUUAUUAAAUAUUGCAUCCUUAGACUGUGAUGAGUGAGUAUGGGGAUAAGAUUGAUGGAUGGUAGCAGCCUGUCAAAUAUUUGUGAAAUUUCUUGAUUUUUUACAAUGCUAAGAAAAUAAUCUGGACUGAUGUUGUAUUUGGUAAAAGGAAGUGGUAUGUAUAAAGUUACUAUUCUAUAUGCAUUGGUUUCGGGCAGUGUCCAUUCAGUUGGAUCUAAAGAACAAAACUGCUCUUCUGUCAAGUUAUUAAGAGAAAGAAUGAACUCAGUUCUGAUUGAUCAAGUUCUCCACACGUCCACCAGAGGUUUACAACUAAUUUAAUCAUUUUAUAUAGUUUACUAUUAUUAAUCUGAGCAGCCAGUUUGUGCACAGUGAAGUUCUAAAGAUUGUAAAUGAGAUAAUGACCAGUUCAUCUUUGCUUGGCUGUGUUUUGUUAUGUUAACUGAGGGAUAAACAUGAGGCAAGCAGAACUGAAUGCUCCUACCUGAAUAAUUUUGUGGAAUCUUUCAUGUUCCUCUGAACAUGAUGGCGUUCUUAAUUUAGUGUAUGAUCGAAAGUAUGGCACUACUUCAGUUCUCAAUCCAUCUAGAUUAUGUACCUGGAGUCCAUAAUGUUUCAACACAGAAUCUAUGAAUAGGGUUGGUACCGCCAUCACUAUUCUAUUAACAUCCCAGAGAUUAUGAAUUCAAAUAACACCUCAUCAGGCUGUGAAAUGGAUUUCAGUAAAAUAAAUGACCAUAAAAGUUUUUUGUUCAAUUUUAAAACUUGAGUUCAUUCACCAAUAUGUUUCAGAGAAAGGAACAUUACACCUAGAUCAUGCCAAACAAAUCUCCUCUGAUGAAAUAACUCUAGUCCUACACUACAUACUGUAUUUUUAAAAUCGACCCAUCCCCAUAGUACUCGGACCCCUUACGCUACUCUUCCAAAUUCACAAAGUCCCUCAUGCUUCCUUUGUCAAUUUUGUGCCUCCUUAAGCUCCCACCCUUUUCAUCUUCACCAACCAUACCAACUCACUUCAUAUCUUUGCACAAGCACCCAUGCACACAAGAGAAAAUAUAAGGUUCUAUUUCCUAAUGUUCUAUAUUAUGGACUACAGUCUAUUAAUAAAAGCACUGUCAUUGAUGAAAGCAAACUUUGACAAGUUUUUGACAGUUCUUUUCAAAUUGGAUAGUUCCUUUUAUACACAAUUUUCUCCACAGUUUUAAUACUUCCAAAGAAAUUUAGUUAUGCUCCAUGUGACUUGGGAUUCUAGCUCCUCGAAAUGAAAAUGUUCCAGCUCCCAGUACUAAAAUGCCUCACUUUAAUAUGAAAUAAAUCAUAACUAAAACUCCCAGGAUGAUUCAGUUCAAUGCAGAUUGAUCCUAAUUUAUGACAGUAGUAUUAUUGUGACUUUACACAUGUAGAAUCAUAGAAUCCCUAGAUGUGGAAACAGGCCCUUCGGCCCAGCAAGUCCACACCAAACCUCAGCCAAUGCAGACUCAUUCCCGUAUAACCCACCUAAUCUAGGGAAAUUUAGCAUGGCCAAUUCAUCUAACCUGCACAUCUUUGGACUGUGGGAGGAAAACGGAGCACCCGGAGGAAAUCCACCCAGAUGUGGGGAGAAUGUGCAAACUCCACACAAACGAUUGCCCGAGGCUGGAAAUGUACCUUGCCUAUUUCCCAGUUAUUUUAUUAUGAUAUAAUUAAGCCUAAUUUGUAGUUCAAAAUGUUGCUUCACGUUAUAAAUUAGAAUUUUAUUUCAUUUUUUGGAACAUUAAAUAGACAGGAUUUGUGUUGCGAUCCCAGUUAGAACCACAUAAAGCUAGUAAAAUUUGAGUAAUAAGUCAUAGAAUAAGAUAUACACUAAUGCUAGUAUGUUCUUAAACUGUAGCCUAAAAUAAUUUUCUGCCUUUUUCCAAUCAAUUUUGCUCUGAAUUGUAACAAGAAAACUAAAAUAAAUUAAUACAGUUUUGAUUUUGUUAGCAAAGGUAGUUUGUAUUUUGUUUAACUAGUUUUCAUGAAAGAAAGUAUCCUAUUUGUUCUUUGUUAGAUAAGAAAUGAAAUUGAAUUGGUAGGUGUGGAUUUUCAUAUUUCUUUUCAAUACAAUUAUUGCCAGUCUUUUCUAUAAACAGUAGUAUAUCCUGUACUAAUUAACGUAUAAAAACCCUAACAAAAGUAUUAGCUGGAAUUAGUGUAUCUUGACGAAUGAGAUAAAUGAAACUGAUUUGUAGAAGCAUCAAAGUUCAGCUAUUGGCCUGUUUUCCAAAAGUGUGUUCAUUGGAGGCUGGUAAAAAGAAAUACCUUCAUAAGGGUUAGAGACAAUAAGGACUGCGGACACUGCAAGCUAGAUCUGUAGGUUUGUGGCUAGAAAAACACGGCAGGUCUGACAGCAUCAGAGGAGCAGGAAAGUCAAUGUUUCGGGCCGAAACCUUUCCCAAAAUGUUGACUUUCCUGCUACUCUGAUGCUAUUUGACCUGCUGUGCUUUUGCAGCCUCACGCCUGUAGACUAUUGUUCAUAAGGAAUAUUUUCCAAGGAAAGGACACGCAAUCUAUCUAGGAUCGUUCCAGAAGUUUUCCUAUUUUUGUUUUCUUUCUUUGUUAACGGAAUGAUGACGUAGCUGGCUAGCAUUUAUUAUGCAUCCCUAAUUGUCCAGAGGACAGUUCAGAGUCAACCACGUUAUUGUGUAGAGUCACAUGUAGGCCAGACCAGAUAAGGAUGGCAGCUUCCUUCCCUAAAGGACAUUAGUCUACUUCUUUAUUGAAAGUUUCAGUUACACCUUAGGAGUACUCUGAACAAACGAAAUGGGAACUUUCUCAGUAUCCCCCUAGCUCCUGGAUUAGAAGGCCCCUGAAAACUGUUUGCAAGUAAGUCAGUGAAACUCAAUCUGAUUGCUAAUGUUAAAAGAGAAGCAUUGCAGUGUUUGAGACUGAAAGGACAUGAAGGUGGAUCUACCUUCACUGCUCCAGGUCUUGUGAAAGGAGACAGAAUUGAGCAAGUAGGGCUACUACUGUAUUUUUCUUCCAAAAUGAUUUUCCCACGAUCAAUAUCUUCUAAAUUUAGUUCUUUAACAAGGUCAGUUCACAAUAAGUAACAAAUCAAUUAAUACCAGUGGCAACUAGUGUAAUCACAUUGCAAGUUCUUCAUUAUUAAAAGGCAAGACAAACUGUAAUGGCUACUGAUGAGUAAAAGCAUAUCUGAAAACCUUUGAGAUCUUGUUCAUUUUGAAACCAGCUUUAUAUGUAUUUUGGUGAACAACACUGGACUGAGCGUCAUCUCCAAUCUUCCUCAUUAAUAAGUCUUUCAGAAUUAAUUCCACUGAAAUUGUAGACUGGGAUUAGCAUCUAAAGCAGGGUUGUAGCAAUCAGUUUAACCUCCAAAUCAAUUUUAUUUUGGCUUUGGAAUCUUGUCCGGCAAUCCAAUUUCAUAUCACCUACAACAGAUUUGAACUCAUGUUUCAAAAGCAGGAAUCUGAUGUGGCAAAUAGAAAAAAAUCGUAGUAGACAGUGACUUCCCAAUAUUGGAGGAGGAGAAAGAGCUUUACUAUACAGCUGUUGUGCUGUCGUGUCCAAGAGUAUGAGACAAAACAAUGAAUGGAUAUCUGAAAUAGAAAGGGUUCUGUUUCUCUGUACUAACACACUUCAUUUUGAAAAUGAAAAUGUGGAACUUAGAGUAGAGAAUUGGAAAACAGUAUGUCAACUUGUUUUGUUUUAAUUGUAUAGCUGGUCGUGAAACAGAAAUAAGCUGUUUGUGGCAUUAAACUUACCACUGUUUCGUAUUUAUUAAUUGAUUAUUAACUUUUUGCAACCUUUUCCAAACCAAAUUCUCUUUUCUUAACUGAUAAUUUAUGAUUUCUGUUUGUUUUGAUACAUUGUAUCAUCAGAAGUUAUACUGGUUUCAAAUAUCUUGGAUUUUUAAUUUUUAUUUUAAGUUCUGAGUUAACUAUUUUUGGUCACCUCUACACUUAGUGUUGCAAUGUGUUUGUUUUGGGGGAGAAAUGGUUAUUCCAAAAGUAGAAAAAUAUGUAAGCUGUCAUCUAAAUUUUAUUCACUGAAUUUUAGAUCAUUGUUUAGUCAUCUCAUUUAAGAAUAAAAUAUAUAUUUAAAAGUUAUGCAGUAGCAUCAGGAACAAGAUGUUCAGUACGUAUAGAAUAAAUGUUAUACAAGGAACCUACUUCCUAUACUGGAUAUGAAUAUUACUUCCACCAUGCACUAUGCCACUUCCAUCAUCUCAACCCUAAAUCAUUAUACCCUCAUGGGUUCUACCAUGCCUCGAGUCUGUGUAUUAGUUUUUUUUUGCAUUGCAUUAUCUUUAUCCAAUCUAAGUAAUACUGUAAGCACUUCAUUUACAUUCUUACAUUACAGAUUACAGUUCUCCUAUUCCUCUUUUCAAAGAGUCUCAAUAGUAUAUAGUUGUCAGAGUUACACCAUUCUCUACAUAAUCAUUAUAACCAGGUUAGUUCCCCAGUAUUCUAAAAAUAUCUUCAUAUUCUGUUUUAAAUGUUAAGUUUCUUUUUGUUCUGAAUCUGUUUUAUAGGUAUUUCUGCCAUCAGCAGAGGUAUAAAAGGUUAGAAGUUCUACUUAUUUUAUUUAAGAGGCAAAACUCUUUCCUAUCUACCUCAGCCAAUGAGAAGCUGCAAAGCUUUUAGUGAUCCUUGAUGCCAAUGACAAUAUUAAAGAGAUCUGUUUGUUUAGAUAGUGGAAGAAGGGGAGUUGGAGAGUUUGUAUUUUAGAUCUAAAUAAUAGAGUCUACCCUCUCAGCCCACCAAAGAACUGACAAAACUUAAGUUAAUGAGUUGAGGGAGCAAUUAAGUUUCUGAACUAGUAGCAUUGAGGCCCAGGCUAAUAGUUCAGAGAACGUAUGUUCAAAGCCUUCUGUGACAGUUUGAGAAUUUUAAUUGAGUUUAGAAACAAUUAAUUCAUGAAAUUGUCAUCAGCAUCUUUAAAAGAGGGAAGCUUAAUGUGGUUAACCAGUCCAUCAUACUUGUGAUUAUAACCCCACAUCAAUGUGAUUGAUUUUUUGCCACAUUCUGAAUGCAGAAUUUUAAAGAGAAAGGCAGCCUAUGACUGUCUGCCUAAUCAAUAAUGUUCACAUCUAAGGAAAUAAAUUUUAAAAAGUAGAUGGGUUAUGUAAAAUUUAAAGACUGCUGGCUGCCAAUUGCUCCUGUAAUGUUGUUGACCUAUAGUUUGUUAAAUCCAAAAAGAUCAUCUUACUCCCAAAAGCAGCCAGCCAAGGACGCUACUUCAAAGCAGCAAAGCAUGGACCUAAUGAUCAAUAGCAAAAUGUUGUUAAUCGACCAUAACAUUUAAAAAUUAAAAAAAUCAAGACACUGCAAUCUAAUGUAUUAUGUGCCAUAGACUAGUAGAUAUCCAAACCUCAACGUAGGGAAAUGUUGGUUUUCUAAGUUUCUCUUUCCAUAAACUGUUAUAGAUUUCAAGCAUGAGAUGCCAAGAAAAUUAAUUAAAGGGUUUAUCUGCAAUAUUUUUAAGGAUCAUCAAUAUACUGAGACAAUUCUGUAGCAAAAAUGUUAAGAUAUUGAUAUUUUUCUAUUCGUAUGUAUUUUACUACACUUGACAUUUGUCAUGCCAUAUUGAAGACGGUCAAAUGAGAAAGUAUUCAAAUGAAUGAUUUUAUAACCAUUAACAAAUGUUAAAAAUCAAAUCAUUAAUGAGCAAUAAAAAUAUGAACCAGUUGUUCGUUCAUUCCAUUUUACAAACUCAGAUGAAAAUUAUUUGCUCAUCUAAAUUUUGUUAAAAUUGAGGAGGGAGGAUUAACGUCAUUAUUUAUUACAUUUAUUCAUAUUUCUGUGUGGUAAUACUUAAGAUCUGUGAAUCUAGUCAAUGCAAAACAAGGUGUGAUGACGAGACAGCAAAUGAUCCCAAUAUUUCACCAUACUACUUGCAAAUUUUCUCACUUAUUAAAAACAAUUGGAAUGCCAAAUUGUGGGCUCUCAUUAGAUGGAGAAAACUUGUUAGGAUAAAGCUGCACAUACCUAAAGAGAAUGAAGUAGAUAUGUAUUCAUGGAGAGGUUUUAGCCUAGUGGUAUUAUUGCUGGAUUGUUUAUCCAGACACUCAGGCAAUGUUCUAAGGAUUCAGGUUUGAAUCUCGCCAUGGCAGAUGGUGCAACUUGAAAAUCUGGAAUUAAAAGUCUAAUGAUGACCAUGAAAAAAUUGUCAAUUGUUGUUAAAAAGCCACGUAGGUCAUUGGAAGGGAUGGAAACUGCAAUCAUUACUUCACCUGACUUACAAGUUAACAUUUAACUCACCUCCCAUGUAAGAAUGAUUUUAAAAAAUGCCCAGCUCUAAAAUCUGGCAGAAAUUACAAAGCCUCAAUGAUGUUACAAAUUCAGUCAAAAUCUAAAGAAUAUCAUGACAUUUAAUUUCUGAUUCUGUUUGAUUCACAUUUAGAAAUUUCAGGUCUGUUCAAAACUGUCUGCUAUCCAAGCAGUCUUACAUAUUUGGGUCACAUCAAUCUUUCUUAUCAACAGAAACACAAUUUAUGUUCAGUUCUUUCCUCUUAAAUAUUUAAACAUAUGAAAUGCUUAUUAAGUAUUUGUUAAAUUAAAAUUUAUUCUUUGAUAUUUACACAGGGCUUUAAUGGGUUCUGCAUUGUUUAGAAAGCAGUCUGUUUCUAUACGAAAUGUUAGUUGCAGAAUUAUCUUGUAUUGAGAAUUCAUACCGGAGGUUGGAGAAUAUCUGUGGUAUAAUUGGUCUAUGUUUUACAUCCAUGUUUGUUACUCAAUGAACUAAAGGAGCAGCUCUUUAAACGCACACUGUACUGGUACAAACAUUUUUGAAAAUUUAUUCCUCCCAGUCAGCACAAAACCUCUGAUAGGUGGUAAAAAUCCUGAUUCUCUUGUGCUAGAUCACAUAGACCACCUGUUUGUUUUCAACUGGUGGCAUUGUUUGUACUGUCUCCAACACUAUAAACUGCUGUGAUUUCUUUUUUUUUGUUCUUCAGUUGUACAGUAACAUGUUUAAUAAUACUCCUCACAGUCAAAAAUGAUUCUAGCAAAGAAUUUUUUACAUUUUAAAUAUGUAUUAUAA